UUAUAUAUAUAUAUAUAUAUAUAUAAAAAAAAAAAAAUAUUAACGGGAUUUGUUUUCUUUUCAUUUCAUAGGAAGACAAGAUCCUUAGGUUACCGGUACCGAAUUAUUAGUGGAGUUUGAAAGAAAGCACAAUAUUAAUUCAAAGAAAGAAAGAAAAAAAACGCUUUAAUCGUGUUUUAUUUAUUUAUUAAGAGAAAUACAAUAAAAACAAUUCUGUUACAUAGGCAGAAAAAAACGGUAAAACGGGGCAGAAAAUAUUUAAAAUUAUACAUGAUAAGGGAACCAGUUAAUUUCAUGUUGAAAUAAUAAACCCAUUUUAUUAUAUCUUGGCUGAAAACAAUUUAUAUAACAUAUCCUAAUAGGUUAUUUAAAAAGAACACAUUUGAAAUAUAUAAUAUAACCAUUUGUUGGUUAAAGAGAAAUCUAUUUAUGUGAGAUUAAUUCUUGAGGUUGUUGUAGCUUUGGAAAGAUGUCGGGUCAGACUCUAACAGAUCGCAUUGCUGCCGCUCAAUACAGCGUUACUGGCUCAGCGGUGGCACGAGCUGUCUGCAAAGCGACCACUCAUGAGGUGAUGGGACCCAAGAAAAAACACCUGGACUAUUUGAUCCAGGCCACCAAUGAGACGAACGUGAACAUCCCCCAGAUGGCCGAUACACUGUUUGAGAGGGCUACAAACAGCAGCUGGGUGGUUGUGUUCAAGGCUCUAGUCACAACACACCACAUAAUGGUCCAAGGCAACGAGAGAUUUAUCCAGUACUUGGCUUCUAGGAACACACUAUUUAACCUCAGCAAUUUUUUGGACAAAACUGGUUCUCAUGGUUAUGAUAUGUCAACAUUCAUCAGACGCUACAGCAGAUACAUGAACGAAAAGGCUUUUGCGUACCGACAGAUGGCAUUCGACUUUACCAGAGUUAAAAAGGGUGCUGAUGGUGUUAUGAGAACCAUGAUUCCUGACAAGCUAUUAAAAGGCAUGCCAAUUUUACAAGGACAAAUUGAUGCACUACUGGAAUUUGAUGUCCACCCCAACGAGCUGACCAAUGGCGUAAUAAAUGCUUGCUUUCUGCUCCUUUUUAAAGAUCUUAUUAAACUUUUUGCUUGUUAUAAUGAUGGGAUCAUUAACUUACUAGAGAAAUUUUUUGAAAUGAAAAGGAGCCAAUGUAAGGAAGCACUGGAAAUUUACAAGCGGUUUCUCACAAGAAUGACAAGUGUCUCAGAAUUCCUCAAAGUAGCGGAGCAAGUAGGGAUCGAGAAAGGUGACAUUCCUGACCUCACUUAUGCUCCUAGCAGUCUUCUUGAGACCUUAGAACAACACUUGAAUACCCUGGAAGGGAAGAAGCAGGGAAACAAUGAAGAGUCAUCUCCUGUGAAGGGAUCUCCAACCAAUACAUCCCCAACCUCCACUCCGGCAAAAUCCAGCGAUGGCGCUCCAAAGGUGGACCUGUUUUCAUCUCCUUCAGCAGCAGCUUCAGAUGCAUCUAACAACCUUCUGGAUCUGCAGCCUGACUUCUCUUCAGCUCAGCCAUCUGGUGCAGCGGCAGCUCCUGCAGCUUCGAGCGCGUGGGGAGAUCUUCUUGGAGAGGACUCCCUGGUGGCGGCUCCAGUCCCUGCCCUUGCUAGUGCCUCUGAGUCACUCCUUUCUGACCCCUACACAGUAGAGGCUUCCCCUACUCCUACUCCUGCUCCUGCUCCUACUCCUACUUCUGCAGCUUCUGAGAUUGCUCCUCUACCCACUCCUGCCACUGCCACCACUCCCAUUGCUGCUGCUGCUUCUGCAGCACUUCCUGUUCCUGCUACUACCACUAGCGCCUCUGGGGACAUGGAUCUCUUUGGAGAUGCGUUUGCAGCUUCUCCAGUUGAGGGCCCCGUGGCUUCCGAUGGGGCCACCGCGCCUGCAGCUCCCACCCCCGCAGUAGCGGCUCUUGAUGCAUGUGCUGGAACUGACCCCUUUGCACCGUCCGACGGCAGUGCAGAAGUUCCUCCAGAGAUGGACCUUUUUGCUAUGAAGCCUGUUGAGACCAGCGUUCCUGUAGCUACCCCUACAACUAGUGCAGCUCUACCAACUGCUACUGCAGCAGCUCCUACAUCCAUCACAGCUACCACCACUACUGUCACCACAACUGCUCCUCCUGCUCUAGACAUCUUUGGUGAUUUAUUUGAUUCAAUGCCUGAGCCAAAUGCGUCCACAGCUCCCAAACAAGACGUUACUCCUAACAUAGACCUAUUUGCUACAGACGCUUUUUCAUCUCCUCCUCGUGAAGCUUCUCCAAAGCCUGAGGGCAAUCUGUCGGCUGAUCUUUUAUCUGUGGAUGCAUUUUCUGCACCGUCAGCAGCACCGGCUGCUGCUUCUCUUGCAAAGCCUGUUUCUGCAGGUGUACUUGAUCUGUUUGGGGAUGCUUUUGGUGGCUCCUCUGCUGAGCCCCAGCCUGUCACUGGAACCAAUUCAAUCGCAUCUGCUGACCUGCUGUCUGACUUAGGAGCUGCUUUUAUGGCACCCAGCCCAGCUGCUGCAUUGCCUGCUGCAGCCCAGAAUAAUCUCAUGCAGCCUACCUUUGAUGCAGCAUUUGGAACCACACCCACAGCAACAAGCACCAGUGGCAACAGCUCCUUUGAUUCCUCAGUGUUUGAUGGAUUAGGGGACCUCCUCAUGCCUACAAUGACACCCCAGGGUCAGGGAGCUGGAGCUGGACUUGUUGGCAUGGCAGGGGCGCAGUCAGGUAAAGCCCUGGCAGGGGACCUGGAUUCCUCUCUGGCUAACCUGGUUGGAAAUCUUGGUAUUGCUGCACAGAAGAAAGAUCUUCAGUGGAAUGCCGGUGAAAAGAAAUUGACAGGAGGUGUACACUGGCAACCAAAAGUAGCCCCAGCCACCUGGGGAACACCUGGCUCUCAAAUGCAGAAUGGUUGGCCAUUCCCUCAUUAUCCUGGAUCAGUUCCUGCUGGGACUGUCCCGCCAGUUGGAGGGGUACCUCCAGUAGGAGCAGUCCCUCCUGGGGGACCCGUACCUCCAAUGGGCACUGUUCCACCUCAGCCUGGGUUUGGGAUGCCUUCCACGGCAGGAGCAGGCGCCCCCAUGAUGCCUCAGUCAUCAAUGAUGUACCCCCAGCCCAUGAUGAGGCCGCCAUUCGGAGCUUCUGGAGCACCGCUCUCUCCAAGCCCAACACCUGCAACCCAGAGCCCCAAGAAACCGCCAACAAAGGAUCCACUAGCAGAUCUUAACAUCAAGGACUUCUUGUAAACCUUUAAGCUGCUGAUCUUGUGACUGGACCCUUGAAUGCGACAGCUUGGUGUCUGCAAACAAUUAUUGAUAACCAGAAGCUCCUAGCUUGUCACCAGUACAAAAUUUAAUUCAGACUUUUAUUCCUACAGUACUUGUAAAAAUGUUGUCACACAAUUGUGAAAGUGAACCAAACAAAUAUGUGCUUAUCUAGAUGUUAACCCUUCCUAUAACAAGAAUUUGUGCAUUUUGAUCAUAACUUUUAAGUGUUUGCAAAUUUGAACGAUGGACGUAUGUUUCUGAUGCCUUUCAGUGCUUCUCUGUACCUCUCAUAAGGUGGCAGAUAUGCAGCUAUUAUGCCAUUUGGAGAAAUGUGUAUUUCAAAAGGUUUUCAGUAUAUAUAAAAAAAUCACUAGCGAAUCCUAGGAUUUCCUCUGUAUCUGUUACGAGCAUAUAGUUGUGAUUCAGAUUAUCAAAUGUGUGUAAGAAGUAAUGUGACCUUAAUCUUUAUCUCACAUAGUUGGUCUGGAUUUAUUUGGAGAAUCAU